AUGGACAUAUGCAAUAAAGGUGUGGCAGCAACACUCUGCCCGACACCAGUAGCAAUGAGAGCAUCAACACUUGGAAUGAUGGGGAAAUCACCGGUUCAAGAUGAAAGUGGCCUAAAGAAAGGGCCGUGGACACCAGAAGAAGAUGAGAGGCUCAUUGAUUACAUUCACAAACAUGGCCAUGGGAGUUGGAGAGCACUGCCAAAGCUUGCUGGGUUGAACAGGUGUGGAAAGAGUUGUAGGCUAAGGUGGACUAAUUAUCUGAGACCUGAUAUCAAAAGAGGAAAGUUUUCUGAAGAGGAAGAACAAAUUAUCAUCAACUUCCAUCAAGUUCUUGGAAAUAAGUGGUCAGCAAUAGCACAACAUCUUCCGGGGAGAACCGAUAACGAAAUCAAGAACUUUUGGAACACUCAUUUAAAGAAAAAGCUUCUCCAAAUGGGAAUUGAUCCUGUCACCCACAGGCCAAGAACUGACCUCAGUAUACUUGCAAACCUACCACAGUUGCUUGCUGCUGCUAACUUGAGCAAUCUGAUGAAUAUACCUUGCGAUAGUACAGUCAGGGCACAGCUAGACGCCACCAAACUCCAAGUUUUGCAUAACAUACUGCAAGUCCUAAACACUAGCACUCCACCUCCAAACAUGGAAGCACCUUUCAACCUUGUUGAGUACGAAUACCUCAGAAUGAACUCUCAAUUAGAGGGACUACUAACUGGCAGCCAAGCUGGUUUUUCUUCACAAGGGAUCACUGAUCAGUUUCAGUCCAACUUUCCUAAGUUAGAAGCUCCUCAGCCACAAUUCGAUUACUAUUACAAUCAAAUGAAGGACUCAAAAUCAUGCACCAAUAAUGACCAAUUAGUUUCUUCAUAUGCUCUUCCAACUUCAAACACACUACCCCAGUUGGUUUCAGCCUCGCCUGAUUGUUCAUCACCAAACAAAGUUAAUCCAAAUGAUAUUAUUUCUAACCCUUGUUGUUCCACUCCAACCACCUUUGAAGCAUGGGGCGAUCUUAACAUGGAUGAUGAGUCAAAUGACACUUAUUGGAGAGAUAUAAUUGAGUAA